AUGCCAGACGGCCUCGAGGACCCUGGGACUGAGGUUUCGGAUCCCAUGUCCGAUAAUGACCACGAAUACGACGACGAGACGCCAUUAAAAGACGACGACGACGAAAAGAUGGCGGAAUCUCACGAAAGCGGCGCCGAUAACAACGGCGAGGUGAAGAAGAAGUACGAUCCUAAGGACCCUUCACGGCCGAGGAGGAAGAAGGCUCGCCGGGCGUGCUUCGCCUGCCAACGAGCCCAUUUGACUUGCGGAGAUGAACGACCUUGCCAGCGAUGCAUCAAACGUGGACUGGCGGACGCCUGCCAGGACGGUGUACGCAAGAAGGCAAAGUAUCUCCACGACGCUCCUCCUGAAGCUCUCCGGCCGGUGCUAGGCCCCAACUACAACCCGAACGCGGUCCCGACCCGUCCCAACGGCCAACGGCAUCACAGCGGGGCCUCGGACACGGCAUCGACCGCCGGCAGUACCUACUUUGGCCAGAGCUCUGCCGCAUCCUUUCCCGUCUACUCGGGCCAGCAAACCCCCGUCGGCAUUCCUGAAGGCCUUCCGUUCCAGGCGCAGCCAUCCCCGAUAUCGCCGUCCUUCCCACAGCCGGGCAACAAUGGUCGUUCAAUUGGCGGCAUGAUCUCUCCCCAGGUCACCAAUGACCCCUUUAAUACGUUAUUCGAUCCGAGCAACCCGGCCAUCUUCAACUUCGAUCUUGAAGGACUCAACUUCGGCAGCCAAUACGGCGCUAUGGAGUUUGGAAUGCUCGGGCACAUGUCGUCCGGCGCAGCGGAAACACCGCCGCGGGACGGUUCAUUAUCUGGACCAAGUGGCGAAGUCAACUUCGGAUCCACAAAUGUCUUUAGCAAUGGCAACAAUCAGUUUGGCCAAGUCUACGAUAGCGGUAUGAUCAACGAUUUCAUGGGUAUAGACCAGUCUUCCAACGGCAUGUACCAACAAGGCAACUUGCAACAUGGCCUCCCACAUGCCUACGCCAUCGCUGCUGGCCCAACAAGCCUACAUAGCCCAAGUACAGACAACACUGCGAGCCCGCAACCUACUAACUUUACGUUUGAAGGAUCUCCGAGUGGGAACUUUGGCGCCGUUGGAAACUCCCAAACCAUAUCCGCCCCCUCACGUCCCAAGGCCAAACCUGGUCAACCCCAGAAGUCAGGCCCCCACUCCCUGCUGGGCAAGCGGCAACGCGAUCCUUCGUCAAUUUAUGAGACCGUAAAGGAGCCGUAUCCCUACCUGGCCGGCUUCCACGCUCUCAUCGACUACCUCCCGAAGAGGUUCUCUGCCAACCGGACACUGCGCAUAGCGAAGGCGCUCGCCAGUAUCCGCCCAUCCUUCAUCGCUUGCACCAAAACGCUCAGUCGGCAGGAUCUUGUUUUUAUGGAAAAAUGCUUCCAGCGGACGUUGUUCGAAUAUGAGGAGUUCAUGCACCAUUGCUCAGCGCCGACCAUCGUUUUGCGUCGCACGGGCGAAAUCGCCGCUGUCAACAAGGAAUUUAUCGCCCUGACAGGGUGGACUAAGGACGUCCUGCUCGGCAACGAGCCGAAUCUGAACGUCAACACCGGCGGCACGGUGUCAGCAACUAACAGCGGUCGCAACACAGGCCGCGCGGGCUUCUCAACGCCUAAGGUACCGUCGGCCACGCUUGAUCAGAUCAAGAACGAGGGCAGCGGGCGCAAACAGCCCGUAUUCAUCGCAGAGAUCCUGGACGACGACAGCGUGGUCGAGUUCUACGACGACUUCUCGCAUCUUGCUUUCGGCGACAGUCGUGGCAGCGUUAACCGGACGUGCCGGAUUCUCAAAUACCGUACCAAGGAGCAGACGGAGGCUGCGGCGUCGUCAGACAUGACGCCCCAGCAGGACCCGCGCAAGAGUAUUCUUAGCAACCGCGUUACACGCAUUGACGGCGAGCACGGCAUUUCAAAGAUCGAAAAGGACGGCAAGGUGGACUGCCGGUAUUGCUGGAUGAUUAAACGAGACGUAUUCGAUAUACCCAUGUUAAUCGUGAUGAACUUUCUUCCAUGCUAUUAUCAAAACAAGGAACCGCAUCAACUAGCCGUUUAG